CUCACCGGAGUGUCCACGGCAAGUGAGACGGAGGAACUUCAGUUAGACGCUACCACCACCAGGAACCACAAUUACCACCCUGGUGCUACCACCACAACUAGUCACUUACACGACUACCACCGUCACCACCCUGGUACUUGUACAGAGGUCUCUACAUAAUGUCUGGUGGAUCUCGGAAAAACACUUCGGCAGAACAAUACUGUGUUUCAGAAGACCAGAGAAGGGUAAAGGUCCGCAGGUCACAAGAGGCGAGGAAGAGGGCUAAGAAAUAUGAGGAAGAUCUGCGACAAGCCAUCAUCAAUAAUACGGCACAAGUUGAGAAGCUCAGAGCUGAGAAGGCCAAGUUUUCACACAAGAUCAACAGGUUAGAAGACUUACUUUAUUGUCAAGGAGAAUCUCACCUGGUGACGGACGCCCCAGCUGCCAGCUGGACUAACUCACAGGAGCAGAGUCCAUACGGGUCCUCGUCUUCCUCUAUGUUUGAAAUGUUGUCAGAUUUGUCUCUCCAAGAUGAAAGUUUGUCUACAGCUUCCCUGGUCGUCCCAGACGGUCACAGUGGCCAGUGUCACGGUCUUCCUGAUACUACUGCAGAAGGAAACUGGUGGGGGUUGCCCAGCGACUCAUCUUCAUCCUCCAGUUUUCCAAAUUUCUCUUGGGAAACGACAAGUUUUGAAACCUCCGCCCCUCACCCAAGCUUCUCAGACACCAGUUAUUCCUGGAAUUCGGUUCAGGAUCCUUCACUCCAGGACUCUGAAUCUACUCUCUUCCCUAACCAGUCAGUGAUGACACUGGGGCAGACAGUCCCUCCCUCGGGAGGCCCACACGCCUUCCCUACUCCUGGCCCUUCCACUUACCUGCCGCAGUCGUCAGAAGGGGGCGACGCAGCCCACACUGCAGAGGCCAGGAAGACCUCCUCAUCCAGACGACAGAAGAACCGAGUGUAUUCUUACCAGUUACCGCCACAACAAGACCCACAGUUGGAGGCCAGAAGACUGAAAGCUGUGCGGGCACACCACAGCAGGCAGCAAGAUAAGUGUUGUAAGCAGCAGCUGCAGGAAGAGAUCCAGAGAGUUACGGAUGAGGUAACGAAACUCAACCAAGAGAAAGAACGCAUUCAGGAACACAUAGACACAUUACAAAGGCAAUACAAACAGUUACCAACAACUAGUGAUACUUACUCAGAGUUUUAUUGACUGAUGUAACACCUAGCGAGUGUGUUUCUUCAUAACAUUAAGUUUAUUGUUUAAAUGUUAAAAUGUUGACAAUAAAAGAUCUCAGUGUAAGAGUAAAGUGUUCAGUAUUAACAAGUGUUUGUUAAGAUAAUGUUCAUGUUAGGUGACACAGGUAUUACUUAUGUCUUGUACCGUAUUAGAAAUAUUUAUUUUAUGAAGGAAUAAGUUAUUAGUGUUUGUAAUAGUGUCAGGUUGACACAUGAUACACCUGUGACAGGUGUAGGUAAUAGUGUCAGGUUGACACAUGAUACACCUGUGACAGGUGUAGGUAAUAGUGUCAGGUUGACACAUGAUACACCUGUGACAGGUGUAGGUAAUAGUGUCAGGUUGACACAUGAUACACCUGUGACAGGUGUAGGUAAUAGUGUCAGGUUGACACAUGAUACACCUGUGACAGGUGUAGGUAAUAGUGUCAGGUUGACACAUGAUACACCUGUGACAGGUGUAGGUAAUAGUGUCAGGUUGACACAUGAUACACCUGCGACAGGUGUAGGUAAUAGUGUCAGGUUGACACAUGAUACACCUGUGACAGGUGUAGGUAAUAGUGUCAGGUUGACACAUGAUACACCUGUGACAGGUGUAGGUAAUAGUGUCAGGUUGACACAUGAUACACCUGUGACAGGUGUAGGUAAUAGUGUCAGGUUGACACAUGAUACACCUGUGACAGGUGUAGGUAAUAGUGUCAGGUUGACACAUGAUACACCUGUGACAGGUGUAGGUAAUAGUGUCAGGUUGACACAUGAUACACCUGUGACAGGUGUAGGUAAUAGUGUCAGGUUGACACAUGAUACACCUGUGACAGGUGUAGGUAAUAGUGUUAGGUUGACACAUGAUACACCUGUGACAGGUGUAGGUAAUAGUGUCAGGUUGACACAGGUGUUACUAUCGUUAUAAAUGAUAAAAUUAUUUUACUAAAUAAAAGUGAAGACAAUA